CCUUUCAAGGAAGACAAACCGAUCACAAGCCCGACAACCCUCGGUGGUGCUUCUAAACUGCUUGAUGAACUACUCGCGAAAACAUACUACGAACUUGAGAAUAUUUACAGUGUUGGUCUGCGUCUCUUCACUGUGUACGGACCCUGGGGCGUCCCCGGAUCUCCCGUCUUCGACAUGGCGGAACGCGCAGCUGUCGGCAACAAGCCAUUAUUAACAGACAACGAAAAGAACACACUCGACCACUUAUAUGAUUUCGUUUAUAUUGAUGAUGCUGUUGAUGCGCUGAUG